AUGAACGGACCCACGCCGGUAUCCCCUCAGGACCCCCAUGACUUGUUGUUGAUCCACCUAUACCAGUACCUCGUCGACCAGGGCCACCACGACACCGCCAACAGCUUGUUGCACGAGUGCAAGCGCCAGAGCCUUGCUCAAGCAAGCUCGGACUCCAGCCAGCGGGAAUUCCUCCUCCAGUGGUGGCAGUUGUUGUGGCUGGUCCAGCUGCUGGUAAACCCGCUGAUGAACCAGAUGUUCCACCGGAUGGCCACGGCCCAGCCCAAUCCCCGAGUGACUCCACAGAUGGGACCGCCACAGAAGACCCCCGUCGCCCAACACCGAAAUUACCCCCAACCGCAGCGGGCCGACCAGAGACCGAUAAUGCCUCACCAGCCGUCGACAGGACCGCCCGGCAUGGCGCCUACACCGCAAAUGACCCCUCAACAACAACAACAACAACAGCAACAACAACAACACAUUCAACCUCCACCGCAGCAGCAACAGCCACAGCAGCCACCGAUGCGUCCCCCCUCGGCGGCCUCGUCUGUCGCUGCUGUUAAUGGUACCCCUACUACUGCUGAACCUACCAAUAACCGUAAGGUUAAACAACUGCCUAUCCCUCAAAUGGGACACUACCCGAAAGGCACGCCGCAACUGGGACACAUGGCACAACCGCCCACGCCGCAAAUGCAAGCAUUCUCCCAGCCACCCAACCAGGGGCGUCCGGGUCCUCAGCAACAACCACCACAACAACCUGGUCAUCCUCAGCCGCCACCAGGUUCAGGGCCAGGGCAGCCAGGGCCAGGGCAACAGCCUCAGCCGCGAUAUAAGUGGCCUAAUCAACCGGGACAGCCGGGUGGACCGGCACCAGGACCUCAGGGCCAAGCUAACCAACCGAUGAUGACUCCAUCUAACCUGGGCCCUCCUCAGGCUGGCGGUCAAACGCCUCAUAUGGGCCAACCUAAUAUGAUGCAACGUCCUCAGCAACAGCAAGGUCCACAGGCGGCAGCAGGUCCUCCCGGCGGACCCCAGAGAGUGAUGUCUCAACCACAAAUACCUCAGGGAGGUCCCCAAGCUGGUGGUCGUCCUCAGCAGCAGCAUAAUGCCUCCAUUAAUUUGGCACAACAACCACAACAAGCGGCGGGACGUGCACCUAAUCAAGGGCCUAAUCUGGCACCUCGAGGUGGACCUCAAGCUCAUCAGCAACCGCAAGGACCUCACCCUGGGGCCAAUCAACCUCAGCAACUGAUGCCGGCCAAUGCUCGGGCUAACACCGCUCCUGGAGGCCCCGGCGGUCCCGGGAAUCCUUCAGUGCCCCCGCAACAACAGCCGCCGCUGGACGAUAAGCUGGUCAUCAGCCUGGACGGGCGCCAGCUGCAACCGCCAGGGUCUCAGCCGGGCAACCAACAGCCGCCGCCGCUGCUGCAAACUGGAGCUGGUGUGGUAUCGCUGGACGCUGACUUUAACUUGUUGAGCGACCAGUUUGGCGGCGACGCCAUCAGUUUCGACUUGAUGCCCAUGGAUGCGCUGGCGGACAUGGACAUUAACCUCAUCCCCGAAGGCAACAUGCAAAACACGAAGUUUGACACCGACUGGUUUUCCAUGGGGUUUUAA